CGCUCUGCUGCGCAUUUGCAGCCCAGCGCCGGCGGGCAGCCUCCAGGCACUAGCCCGCGACGCAUCGAUGCCCCAAAAGUCGACGCGAGCACCGAUGCGGACGCUUGUCUUCAUUUUGCUGGUCAGCAGCAGCUCGGCCCUCACGCUGCCCUUCGCCGACGCGGAGCUCCAAUGCGACCGGGGCAGCCUUCUGGACUGCGCGCGGCACGCGCUUGCGGAGGAGCCGCGGCUCAACGCCUCCGCACAGGAGUUGGUGGUAGUCGGUCUCGAGAACCUCAUCGCAAGGAGCCCGGGCGCUCAAAUAGCGGAGCUCGCGGGCGCUAGUGAGGAAACACGCAUCCGGGCCGCGGCCGACGCCGUCGGGGGUUUUGUUUGUGACGGCGGGCGGACGCUGCGCCGCGCGCGGGCUAGAAGUGAGGAGGUGGCUUUAGCUGUAGCCAGGGCGCGCGGCUUCGCCACGUGGACGCGCGCCGACUGCCAUGGAGUUGAUGAUAAAAACGCGGGCGCCGCGCUGAUCGACGGCAUCACAUGUGAGCUAAGAGAAGCGGUCGACGCAGCGUUUUCAAAUCUACCGCUGCGCGCCGCGAUCAUCAUAAGGGGCGCACUGCCGUGCACGGAAGAGGGAUACGGCGGCGUCUGGAAAGAUGUCCUAAAACUACGACGGCCGACGCUGGACGUCGCCGUCGCGGCGGCCGACGGCGGCCUCGCCGUCCUCAUAAGACGGGCGCCGCGAUCAUCAUCACCGCCGCCAUCGCCGGCCGCCUUCGACUUCGACACUUUUGAUCAACACCGCGUCGAGCUCUAUGGCGGGCCGUCGGUCGGCACGGCUUCUGGAAGACGCUUCGUCGACGCGGACUCCAUUGUGGCCUGGUCUGUUGAUGUUUACCGUGACGUAGUGCCUUCGUUCGCCUGUGCUGAUUCAUCAUUGUUCACCGCGUCCCUUGGAAUAUCGCUUGAAGGUAAUGAAGACGCCUGGGACAAGGCCGCGUUAUUAGGCUGCCCCUCGAGACCGUGGCUGAGCGACGCGCUGCGCGCGCAUCAUGGCAGAUUCCGCGCCGUGUAUGUCGGCGCGAACAAGGGCUACGGCCUCGCGUCGCUCCUAUCAGCACUCGCGCCGUCCCUCGAGGUCUCUCCAGCAACGUGGGGCGUGGCUCUGCGAAGGCUCAACGCUAGAUUGGCCUGCGGCUGGUGCCGCGACUGCCUCGAGGACGAGGAGGCGUAUGAUGAUGACAUUACUGAUACGAUUGUUGUGGACCUCGUCGAGCCGCUGGGGGCGAACGUCGGGUUGCUGGCGGGCUGCCUUCGUGAUCAUAGCUUCGUCGAGAAGGAUGAGAUUUGGAUGAAGGGUCCUGCGACCGUGCGCCUUUUACAGAUGGCCCUCGGCCGUACACGUGGUUCUGCAACGUUCCCGUCCUUGGCCGCCGGCGAGGAGGUCGGCGAGGUCUGCUCAGAAGGCACGUGCGACGCCCGGCAAUUUGAAGGACGGUUCGAGAAGGAGCCGCGCUUCGAGGAGGUCCGAGUCGAGACGUUAGAUGGUAUUGUGGAAGACAAGGUGGACUACCUCUCGCUCGAUGUGGAGGGCCAGGACCCGCUCGUGCUCGAUGGUGGUAUGGAGACCGUGAAAAACGCAAGACUCGUCGAGUUCGAGUACCAUUUCCGCGGCGCCUGGGCCGAGGAGACGCUCAAGGGUCGCACGGAGCAGUUCGAUUCAUUGAAUUUCGACUGCUACCUCCAGGGCGCGCACGGGAGUUUAUGGAGAUUGACGGGCGGGUGCUUUGCCGAGGCCUACGAGGUGAGGCGCUGGGCGAACGUCGUCUGCGUGCGACGGGAUGAAAUAGCGUGGCGCGACGCUUUACUAAAGUGGGCUGUUUAAGACAUUUGUGUUA